AUGCCGGACCGGCACGGAGGAACUCCUGCCAGGAGCUCGGAGCUCUUGCUCACUCAACCUGAGCUGCUCGCGGGAUUUGGAUCACGAUUUGGCCGCCCGCUGCUGUCCACUUUCAACAAACAAGGGAUUGCUCGCUUCAUGUAUAAUGGGUCUAUCAAAGUUGCCGCUGUCAACAUGGAAAAUCCCACUUAUGUGGACGUGGGUGAAAAAUCGGUUGGACACUCUUCACGCACAUUGUUGAAGUCAAAUGCGCCCAAGCAGCAAAGCAAAGUCCGGACAAGCGCCAAUCUCGGCAACGACAGUCGCAGUCAACGCGUCCCUCUUCUGCACUUCACCAGUCACUGCGCUCCACGUGUCGUGGAGCAAUGGCUGCUCCGACGUCACUCCACUGCAAGUUGA